UCAGAAAGCAGCAACGACGGCGGAACAAGCGAGAAAUGGCUCUGCCCACCCUCUGCUAUCUUGACAACCUACUUCUAAAACCCCGUCUCUCCAUCUCCGCCUCCCAAAACCCUAACCCUAACGCAACCUUCGUCUCUCUCUUCUCUUCGCCUCGUAGAGGGAAGUUCUCCAUCUCUCCAGGGUUCCGCGGCCCUUCUUCUUUGUUCCCCAUCCGGUGCUCGAGCAGCAGCAAUGCGGACUACGAGCACGCGCGGGUGGUCCACCCAAGGCCCCAAGAGAUCCCCUGGAGGAAGGAGCUCGCCAAUUCCGUCCGUCUGAUCGGAAUCAUAGGGGCGCCCAUCCAAAUCAAGCAUCUUAGCAGCGGAAAGGUUGUUGCUUGGACCCGCCUCGGCGUCAAGAAAUCCGCCUCGGAGACCAGCUGGAUCAAUCUUACGUUCUGGGAUGAGCUGGCUCAUGUAGCCUUUCAGCAUGUGGAGAAGGGUCACCAGGUUUAUGUUUCUGGACGGCUCGUGUCGGAUGUCGUCGAAAGAGACGACGAGAAUCAGCAGGUUUAUUACAAGGUGGUGGUUCAGCAGCUGAAUUUUAUUGAGAGAAGCUUCCCGCCAGUAUUGUUGUAUGAACCAGAGGCAAACUCAGGGGUGUCAGGUGCAAAGCUUGGGAAUUAUGUGAGUAAUUCUUCUGCUUCAAUUGAAGAGCUAUGGCAAGCAUUCUUUGCUAAUCCAAUUGAUUGGUGGGAUAACAGGAAAAAUAAGAAAAGCCCUAAAUAUCCAGAUUUCAAGCACAAGGACACUGGCGAGGCUCUAUGGAUUGAAGCAAAGUACAACCCACCAUGGGUGAAGUCUCAAUUGGCUAUUCUGGACUCAAGAAAGGACUCUCUCCAAGCUGAUGGGACAAGUUCUACUAUUUCUGUUAUGUACGAUGAUGAUUUGGGCCUGGCACCAUUUUAGUUGUGCUUGAUUACGUUGGGGGUCCCAAUAGCUAUGCCAAAUGACAAUUUUGUUUCGACUUAUCAAUGUCCGCUUGGCAAAUUAUGCUCAGAGAUGUAUACCUUAGACCAGCCUAUUGGUUGUAGGCUACUUGAUGAAUUUUACCUUUCCCGGAUAUGGGUUCAAGAGUCUAUAUCACUUGGUAGCACAAUCGUCAACCUUUAUUAUGUAUUAACACCAUUGUUCAUGUUUCAAAUCGGGGCGAUCUUGCGAGUAA